GUUGCCGGAAGCAAUUUCGGAAUCACCUUCAUCAGUAUACUCGGCUUCAACAGUUCUCGCGCACUCACGCCUACUACGCUGAAUGCGCUACGGCAUGAUAGCAGCGAACUUCGCCCAAACGCUCGUGCUCUCGCAUGCCAAAAUGUCCCAAACACUCAGUCCCCCGGCCGCACUCUCUCCCAUCAUAUCCGCAACCUUCUCCGCAAAACUAGUAUCUUGCCAGACACUAAACGCAGGCGCCGCAACAAACACGCCUGCAAACGCACCCAUCAGCAUGCUAGCAAUGAUAUCACUCUGUCUGCCGCCGUCAAUUCGAAACUUCGUAUUGGUACUUCACUUGAGUGACGGCUGUGGGAGUGGUUGGGUUGGUAGAUUGGGGGAGUGUUGGGAAUGUCGAGGGGGGCCAUUGGUUGUUUGUGUGCUCCUGCAGCAUCGUGGGCGGAAGGUGCGAGAUGCGAAGCGUGAGGGGCGACUGUCAUGUCCUGAUCGUUGUUGCCAUCCUUGGCUGACGAUUAAGAUCUUCGCUACCUGCGCUGUUAAUUUCAUCAUCGCAUCGUUGUGACUGCUCAUCAUUGUCAUGCGCGAUUUGCUGUUCAAAAAAUAUUGGCUG